CCUUACAUUAAAAAGACAAAAUAGAUAGAAUAAAUUAGCUACUUUGAUAAUCAGAUGCAUGACUAAGUCCUGGACAAAUUAUUCAUGAUUGUUAAAGAUAAAACUAAGUGAUUCUUUGAUAUUCGACCCAGUUAUGCCUCAAAGGGUGAAUAAAGAGACAUGUAAGAAGCUUCUUAAAGUGUUAGCACCAGGUAUAUCGGCCCAAUUGCGUCCAGACAAGCUGAACUUUGAUUGGGCCUUCCUAAUUGUCUGACAGCACUUCUCUUGGCCGCGGUAUGCGGUCUAAGCGACCAUCAGUAUUACUUCGAGAUUAUGUUGCUCAUUUAAGCCCAUCUCCGUCCUCACUCUCCGACAGCUCUUCAGGAAAUGAACCCCGUUCCUUCAAGGAAGCUAUGACUGAUGAUGGCUGGCGUUCCGCCAUGAAAAAUGAAAUCCAAGCUCUUGAAAAUAAUCACACAUGGGACAUGGUGCCACUUCCCCACGACAAAAAGGCCUUAGGAUGUAAAUGGGUCUACAAAAUUAAAUAUAAAUCUGAUGGCACCAUUGAAUGUCUCAAGGCACGGUUGGUUGUCUUUGGGAAUCAUCAGGAGGCAGGUAUCGAUUAUACUGAAACAUUUGCUCCCGUGGCCAAAAUGGUGACAGUACGAUUACUUUUGGCUGUUGCCUCUGCUCGCAACUGGGAGAUACAUCAAAUGGAUGUCCAUAAUGCCUUUCUCCAUGGCGACCUGGCUGAGGAGGUCUACAUGCGUCCUCCACCAGGUUUUUCUUCAUCUCAACGUGGGCUGGUUUGCCGUCUGCGCAAGUCUUUAUAUGGUCUUCACCAGGCCCCGCGUUGUUGGUUUGCAAAACUGGCCACCGCGCUUAAACAGUAUGGCUUUCUCCAAUCCUAUUCUGAUUAUUCCUUGUUUACUUUGCGCAAGGAUGACGUGCGGAUACAUGUGCUUAUAUACGUGGAUGAUCUGAUUAUUGCGGGAAAUAAUUCUACGGCUUUGUCUCAAUUUAAAACUUAUUUGCACUCCUGUUUUCACAUGAAAGAUCUCGGGGUUCUUAAAUAUUUUCUUGGCAUUGAAGUAGCCCGAGGAGCUGAUGGAUUUUUUCUUUGUCAACGCAAAUAUAUAUUGGAUAUUAUAUCUGAGGCAGGUCUUCUUGGAGCUAAGCCCUCUUCCUUUCCCAUGGAACAGAAUCAUUCUUUGGGCCUUGCUACGGGUGACUUAUUGACUGAUCCGGAAUCCUAUCGACGUCUUGUUGGUCGUCUAAUCUAUUUAUCUUUUACUCGGCCGGAUUUGGCAUAUUCCGUACAUAUUUUAUCUCAGUUUAUGCAGGCCUCGCGACGAGAACACUGGAGUGUGGCUCUACGAGUUGUCAGAUAUCUCAAAGGCUCUCUCGGACAAGGAAUUCUUUUGAGGUCCUCCUCUAAUUUGGGUCUAUCAGGCUGGUGUGAUUCUGAUUGGGCUAGUUGUCCGCUUACUAGACGAUCUCUGUCUGGAUGGUUAGUUUUUCUUGGAGGUUCUCCUGUUUCCUGGAAGACUAAGAAACAACACACUGUGUCUCGAUCUUCCACUGAAGCUGAAUAUCGCUCGAUGGCGGCCAUUACUGCAGAAUUAAAGUGGGUGAAAGGUCUUCUUCUCACCCUAGGUGUUGCUCAUCAGAGGCCCAUUCCCUUACAUUGUGACAGUCGUUCUGCUCUGCAUAUCGCACACAAUCCUGUAUUUCAUGAACGCACCAAGCACAUUGAAGUGGAUUGUCAUUAUGUUCGUGACGCACUGGAAGCAGGGAUGAUCUCGGCACAACAUGUUUCUACUACUGAUCAGUUAGCAGACAUCUUUACGAAGGCACUCAGACAACGACAAUUUAGUCAUUUACGGCGCAAGUUGGGCAUGUUUGAUCCCCAUGCUCCAACUUGAGGGGGGGUAUUAGAUUGGGCCUUCCUAAUUGUAUAUCUCUUCUAAAUAUGGGCUAAGGGCUCUACUUAAUCUCUUGCUAUCGUAUGUAUAUAUAGGGGCCUAGGCUAAUUGGAAGGGGGGACUGAAUUUUGACCAAUUAAUAAAA